AUGCCUGAACCUGAUUAUUUUAGCUUCAAAUCUGACACUUCGUCAUCAUCAUCACAAGUGAACAAACUUAAUAAGUAUUACAAACUCGAUACGAAUGUCUCGUUGGCACCUCAGAAGGAUUUGACAAUACCAUUAAGCCCUGGAUCUAAAGCUCUACACGUUCCCAAUUCAGCUAGUCUCACAAAUGCACUUAGUAUAAAUCAAUUUAUUGCCCCAGCCCAGAAUAAUGUUAGCCUUAUGAGACAGCAAGGAAAGAGAAGCACUUCAAAGAGCGGUCUUUCAUACCAAAGUUCAUCAAAUAAUUCAUCGGCUCAUUCUAGCAGGCGACCUUCUGCUGGAAAUGUGACAAACACUCUUAAUAAGCUUACCUCUCCUGCAAAAGUAAAUAUGAAAGUAGAGACAAGCGAUCAAAUACCGCACCAGAAACGUUCUUUGACUCAUGGUUCAAACUCUGAAUCUAACGUAAGUACACCAACGUUAGUGUUACCACCCGAUUUGGCAAGUUUAAACACCAAAAAAUCUUCUACAAUGUUACAUUCUCCACAAAUUCCAAACACGUUACAUCGAUCACCUUCCAUGCAUGAUACUACAGGUAGUGUUCAUACAAUGGCAGGUACACCUCCUCAAGAGACACUCUCUUCUACUUCAUCUACAAGGUCUGUCAUAAUGGCUCAAACAAGCGCAGGAAACUUAAGAGCAUUUAAGAAGCAAUACGUAUUGAAUGAGAAAUUAUACCUAGAGAAAAUCAAUAAUGCAUUACAUAGUGACGACUAUUAUACACGAAAGAUAGGACUUUCAUCACUAAAUGAUGAUUAUGAGGACUUUGACAUUGACAUUGAUGAUCCGUUCAGCGGACAUCCCGGUUCUUCUUCAAAGACAGGUUCAGAUGAAAUAGAUUUCGGAACGACAUUCUCUACUUCCAAUUCUCUUUCAAAUAAAGGAAACAUAGUUUCAAUUAGCCCCCGAUACUUAUUCCACCAGUUGCAAUGGGUAAAAAAGAGUAAUCCUGAAGAAACAGAACUGAUAUCCCUACUGGGUAAAAUACAGAAAACAGAAUACAAAUACAUGAUAAAACAACAAAAAUUGUUGGAUAAUAGGCCUGAAGAGCCAAGAGCAGGUACAAGUUCACUAGAUGAUACUUUUAUUGAUACUAUGCACAAUACAGAACAUGACUAUAUGGAAGAACUAUCUACAUUUCCCAUUAUUUCUGAACGUUUGAAUUGGCAAACAAUGUUAUCAAAUGUUUUAAAAGGGGAUAUUGUUAUGAGUGAAAAAAGUAAAAUAGCUGAACAAAUCAAGAAUCCUGCAUUGAAGAAACAAAUAAGUGACGAUAUAUGGUAUGAAUUGAAAGGAUGGAUGAACGGUAAAAGUAAAGAUGAAAUAGCAAAGUCCGUUAAAUUACUGAGAGACUCAGCAGACGAAGUGUUUGAUGAAGUUUUAACUUUUAGAAUAGAUGAAAAAAUGACUAAUGAUACAGACCAAAUACAACUUGAACUGGAACAAAUUACCAACAAAUAUUAUAGAACAAUUGAUUAUUGGCCCAGUUUGAAACAGAUGAAGAAAGACAAACCUAUAACAAGGAACGAAAAAUUCAUCAACAGAAUCGCUGUUUUCAAUAGUUGGUUAAAUAUAAAGAAAAACAGCGAUAUUAAAAUACAACAACUAAAAGACUGGGUAGGUAACGAAAACCUGGAUGUCGCAAAACAAGCGACUACACCUAUGAGCACGUCUGCACCUUCUCUCUACGCCCAUUCGACCAGAUCAUUUGCUGAACAAGUAAUGAAAGAAAAGGAUAUUGAGAAUAUAUUUGAAAAGAGAAUAUUUUCUCCCUUGGCACCCUGGUUGGCUAAAAGUAAAUCCGUACUAAUCCAAUACGAAGAUACAUUGGAGACGGUAAACAUACAGUUUGACGGCGUGGUCUUAAGUAAAUUACUACUGUUCCCAAUGAAGCUUGUUAAAGAAAUAAUAAUUACCAGAUUAUCAUACGCAAAAAAACUUAAAGAUCCAACCAUGAUGAUGAUAGAUCAAAUGAUAGAGGAUUUUACUUCUUAUAUAAAGCUUUCUGUACAAAUAAAAUGCGCGUUAGUGGAAUAUUGCGAUGGUAUGCCUAUGAGUAUCGAUAUUGACCCAGAUUUCGAUAAAACAGUUCUAGAUGCCAUAAGUUAUUUGUUUACAUUAUUACAUUCCAAGGUUCUUGAUGGAAGAAAAGCAUCCCUACGGACAUUCAGGGAACCGGAAAUCCUCUUAAAAUAUUGGGAUGAGUUGAAGAAUGUUGGACAGUAUAUCGACAAAGCAGGAAAACUUAUUGCAAAUGAGUUUAAUAAACUAACAUUAAGAAUAUUACACAAAUUGCAUGCUUAUUUAUUGCAACAACAAGACCACCCUCCAAAAUUCGGUAACUCCACAGAGGCAGAAAAAUGGUUAGUUGAAGUCUUUGAAAACCUAGGCUCGAUGAAGCGUAAGUUGAAUAGAUUCACGAAUGUUUUAACUAGAGCCUUUCAAAAUUCAGUUAAUUAUGAAAUUGAUAAUUAUAAGGAUUUACUAAACAACCUGAAGGAAUCAGGUCACUUUUUGAUAUACACUGGUGGAAGUCUAGAAGUGAAUGGCGUUUAUCUAAUUGGAAGUCCAGAAUUAUUAGGUUGCCAGGAUGAACAAAUUUUGAGAAUUUUGAACAACUCAGAUAUUGGCAGUGACUUGAUACCAAAAUUAGAAAAGGACAACAGCCUAGCAGCAUAUAAUAACGUUGAAGAUUAUUUUGAAACGUAUGCACUCUCUCCAUCUGGUAGCCACAAACAACAGUAUAACUACCAACAAUACAAUGGUUAUGAAGAAAAUGUUAGAAAUAUCAAUGGAUCAAUGGGAGGUAAGGUGAACAAGAACUUAAAUGAUGCUGACUCAGAUUGGGAUCAAGUUAAUGUCUCCGGUGUACACUCAAGUGCAGCCUUCACUCACGACUAUAACGAUGUUGAAAAAGAGAUGUUAGAAUUAGAGCUGAAGUUACAUUCCUUAGGAUACAUACUUGUACUAUGUCCUGCACAUCCAAUGCUAUGGGAAGGUGAUAUGUACAAUCUGUCAAGUGAGAACCCGUUACAAUACGAAAAGUUCAAACUAAAAUUAAAGACUAAUAAACUGGCACUACUCAAUCAAGGGUCUAGCUAUGCCUUAGAAUAUCAAACAGACAAGUUCCAACAAAUUGCACAAGAUACAGUGUCGUUUAUAGAAAGAAGAUGCUCAUUCAGCUCUAUCGAGAGUAAUUUACAGAGGAUUAACAAAGCCUACUUUAGAUUCACCUAUAAUGUGCUGAAUAAUUACAUCAAAUUUUACAAUACUUUUAAAAAGGUUUGCACAAAUCUUGAGUCCCUAAACAGCAUAUUUUUAUUUACCAGAGAUUUUGGGACAUAUUUUCUAAAGGUAAAUAUUGCUAACUUUGAGAAGAAAUCUGUAAUCAUAUUAUUAAUGGUGAGACUAAGUAUCAGAUGGUUGACUUUUAUUACCGAUGAAUGUGAUCCUACUGAUCAAAAGACUUUCAGAUGGUGUGUACCAGCGAUGGAAUUUGCAAUGCAUAUGACUAGUGGCCACAACAUUAUGGCUUUAGAUGAGAGUCAAUUCGUAACACUUAAACAAAAAAUUGCAGCUUGCAUGUCAUUAUUAAUAUCACACUUUGAUGUAAUGGGGGCACGUGCUGUAGAAGACGAGAAGAUGAAUCCACAACAAAGAAUCAAUAUUAGCAUACAUGAAGACUUCGAUGGUGAUGCGACUCUAGCAUUAAACUCAGAACUUCGUUUAGAGGCCAUCAAGAGAUUAGAAAGUUCGAGUACAUCAAAUUCAAGACUUGUUGGGAAAGUUUUGGACGAUGCAGACAAGGGGAACAAGUAUUUAUUAUCUCUUGCAUCCUCUCUGUCAAAUGUUUCAAUCAGAUGGCAAAAGAGAGAUUUUGUUGGAGGUGGUACUUUUGGUAAAGUUUACUCUGCAAUUAAUCUGGAUAACGGUGACAUUUUAGCCGUCAAAGAAAUCAAGAUCCAGGAUGGUAAAGCCAUGAAGAAAGUAUUCCCCUCGAUUAAGGAAGAAAUGGAGGUUCUAGAAAUGUUGAAUCAUCCAAAUAUUGUACAAUAUUAUGGUGUUGAAGUCCACAGGGAGAAGGUAAAUAUUUUCAUGGAAUACUGUGAAGGCGGAUCAUUAGCGAGCUUGUUAGAACAUGGCAGAAUAGAAGAUGAGAUGGUCACCCAGGUAUACACUCUUGAACUACUUGAAGGUCUAGCCUACCUACACCAAUCUGGGGUUGUACAUCGUGACAUCAAACCUGAGAAUAUUUUAUUGGAUUUUAAUGGUGUCAUCAAAUAUGUCGAUUUUGGUGCUGCUAAGAAAAUUGCAAGAAAUGGCACUAUGAUGGGUCACCUAAGUGUUGGUAAUAGUAUUGAUAGUAGUAACAAAACUACCAAUGGAAACGGCAAAAGAAGCCAAGAAAAUACACGUGAGGAGAUCCCAACAGGUUUACAAGAAAUGAUGGGUACUCCAAUGUAUAUGGCGCCAGAAUCAAUAACAGGAUCCUCUAACAAGGGGAAGUUCGGAGCGGACGAUGUAUGGUCGCUUGGUUGUGUAGUUCUCGAGAUGAUUACUGGUCGCAGACCUUGGUCUAAUCUAGACAAUGAAUGGGCGAUCAUGUAUCAUGUUGCAGCUGGACAUAUUCCACAACAGCCAGCGCCAGAUGAGGUGUCUACUUCUGGAAGACUUUUCUUGAGUAAAUGUUUAGUACAAAACCCAACCAAGAGAGCUACUGCUGUCGAAUUACUAGUCGACCCUUGGAUAGUUGAAAUUAGGGAAUUGGCAUUUGGACCAAGCGAAGAUACACAAACGACACUAUCCAUUCCAUUAGAGAAGGAGUCCCAGCAAAAACCUGCCAUUGAGACAGAAUAA